UGGACAUGAGGGAAUUUGUACAAAAGGCAACAGAGAGAAUCCCCAACUUCAAGAUCGUGAAAUACAGCGCUGAGUCGUUGGAUGAGGCGGUGGCAAUUAACGUGAUCUUGCAUGAUGAUCAAGAGCUUUACUACGCUUACACUCCGCUACUAGCACCAGCAGUCAUCAUGGGCAUCCCCUCCAUCGCCAGUCCCUCGUUCAGCCUGUUCCCAGCGCUGGCGCAGCGCGUGCUGGCGGCGGGGCGGCGCGGCGACGGCACGGCGGCAAGAGCGGCGCAGCUGCAGCUUGAUGCGGCUGUUGAGGCUGUCACUGGGUAUCAUAAUGACGCCUACCUCCAAGCCAUGAAGCAGGGCAUGGGCCUGGUCUCCUCCAUCCAGCUCGGCCCUGCGCUGCUCCCGCAGCCCCCGCGCUCCGAGGCCGACAGGCAGGCCGCGGCCGACAACCUGAGGAGACUGGGAUACUACAACAAUUAUACGCUACAGUAAUGAGUCAGAGGAUAUUAGAGGAAACUAGGAUACCUACUACAAUAGUUAUACGCUACAGUAAUGAUACA